AUGACCAGAAUUGCAAUUAUCGGUGGAACCGGACUUGAAGAUCCAGAUGUCUUCCAAGACAAGACUGAAGUGAGCGUGGAAAACACUCCUUGGGGAGAAGCUUCGACAAUCUGGAAGGGCAAGCUAAACUCGGUGGAGGUAUUCGUCCUUUCGAGACACGGAAAAUCACAUGAGCUGUCUCCGUCUCAAGUCAACUACUGCGCCAAUUUAUGGGCGCUGAAGCAGCUUGGUGUCACGCAUGUUAUAGCCACCACUGCCUGUGGAAGUCUCCGAGAAGAGUACGCUCCAGGUGAUCUUGUUGUUGUCAGCGACUACAUCGACAUGACAAAGACUCGGACUUACACGCACUUCGGAACUUCCCCAACUGGGCCAAAAGGAAUCGCUCAUGUUCCCGCUAAGCCCGCUCUAGACGAGGGACUCCGACAAAUGGUCAUCAAGGUGAUGAAAGACACGGACGUAUCCUUCAAAGAAAAUGGAACAUGCGUAGUUAUUGAAGGUCCGCGCUUUUCAACCCUGGCCGAGAGCAAAAUGUAUUCGAGUUUCUUCGGCGGCGACAUUGUCAACAUGACUCUCUCGCCUGAAGCAGCUAUUGCUAAAGAAAUGAAACUGCAUUAUGCUUCGAUUGCGCUUGUUACUGAUUACGACUGCUGGAAGGAAAGUGAAGAAGUCUCAGUCGAGAAAGUCCUGAAGCAGAUGAAAACGAAUGCGAGAAAUGCGGUCAAAGUCCUGCAAAAGCUAAUUCCGCUUGUGGCCGAAAAAGACUGGACUGCUGAAAGAAACGAAUUGACAGCAACAAUUGAUGGCUCGGUAAUGUGA